AAUCUAAUGCAAUAUUCAACCACACGUGAGUCUUCAAUAAUCCGACUAAGUGGUCUGAGGCAAAGGUCAUUGUUCCAUGUACUUCACGGCCAGAAAGAAAUAUUUUUGAGCCUGCAGUUAUUAAACAUGAUAAACUUUUGUUAUUUAUUGGUAGUUGUGGGUCAUUCAAGCUUGAUUCGUUUAAUGAGGCUAUCGUGCACAGUCUAAAAUCCUGAUUCUUAUAUGAAUGUUUAAGGUGUCAGGGUUCCACGAAUAGGAAUUAGGGUUGGAGUUGCUCUUCUUGGCGAGGCUUGACCUUUUGUCUACCCACUGGGUGAGUUUGCCUUUGACUCGUUUUCCUUGUGUGGAAUUUUCCCUAAGCCAAAUGCCAGACACAGCUUUUUUCAGAAUGUAAAGUACUUAUAUUUCUGAAGCUUGACUGAUAAUUUUGAUAGCCAUUAUGUUACCAUUGCUAAUUUUGCUUGUGGGCUGACUAUCUUCGGUUCCUAUAAUGCUUAAUCUUUUUGGCACUGAGCACAUGUGUGCCUGGAAACUGGGUACUCUCCUCCUACUCUCAGACUUAACAAAGCGCCUCUCAGAACGAAUCUGCUGAGAUUUUCCUACUCAUUUCUGGAGCUUUGCAAGCUCCUGAUGAUGCGUUAAAAGUCCUAGAGAUAUUAUUCAACUCCCCCUGUGAUUGUUUUGCAUACUUCCAUAUCUGUUUAAAAUUUUGUCACCACCCUGCAAUAUUCUUCUUGCGUAUUAACAGGGUGGCGGCUGGUUGGGAAACCCUCAGAAUUUCUGCACUGGGGAGGUUUAGUGUUCUAUUUGAGUGGAAGGAGGGACUAGGGGACUAUGCUUGUAAACACAGUCUAUAUUAAAGUUCAAUAAAUUAACAAAUUUUAUUGAGAUCCUUUUAUUCACACUUUAUCUAAGAGGUAGAAAAUAAUUCUCAUUAUCAAAGAAAAAGAAAAACAAUUACAUGAAACUAUUUAAAAAUAAUGUUCACCUUAGCCUUAUUAUUGUAAUGAUAUAUAACUAAAACAUAACGAGAAGCUCAGGGUAACUAAACAAUUAAAACAAUGUUAUUCACCUGUUUUUGUUAGGAGGCAAAAUUAUCAACAAUUCCUUUAAAAUUCAUACUUUUGGCUCUUUUCGAAUUUAUAGAUACAAUGGACCCUUGAAUUUCGUCCCCCUUGAAUAUCGUGAAUUUUGGAAAUCAUCGACUUUUUGCGUCAAAAUAUUGGUUCGUUUUUCGUGAUUUGGCUUAGUAAUUGGUGGUCGUAUGGAACGCCUCCUGGUAAUAGACAUUGCUCCAGCUCAUCCUCCAGAUUUGGUAGAGCAAGUGGUGAAGGAGUUUAAUUUCAUCACAGUGAAGUUCUUGCCCCCUAAUGCCACCCCUCUCCUCCACCCCAUGGACCAGCAGAUCAUGUCAAACUUCAAAAAACUCUACACCAAAGCAACGUUUCAAUGGUGCUUUAACAUAACCUCGGACUCUGAAUUGACCCUAAGAGAGUUCUGGAAAGAUCACUUCAAUAUCCUCCAUUUCAUUAACCUUAUAGGUAAGGCUUGGCAGGGAGUGACUUCCAGGACGAAGAACUCUGCUUGGAGAAAAUUGUGGCCAGAAUGUAUCCACGACAAAGAUUUUGAAGAGUUUAAGGCUGACCCUGACAACCCUAUGUCAGUUGUGGAACCUACUGUGGCAUUGGGGAAGUCAUGGGGGUUGGAGGUUAGUGGCGAGGAUGUGGAAGAGUUGGUGGAGGACCACAAUGAAGAACUAACCACAGAAGAGCUGCUAGACCUUAAUCUGCAACAGCAACAGACCACAGCUCAUGAAAUUGCUUCAGAGGAGGAGGAAGAGAGAGGGAAGAAGUUGCUUUCUCCAGAGAUUAAGGAGAUGUAUGCAAUGUGGACUAAGAUGGAAAGAUUUGCGGAGGAACAUCACCCUGACAAAGCUGUUGCAGGUUGUGUAUGCGACAUGUUCAAUGACAAUGUCUUUCUGGAACAAUUUUUUGAGCGACAGGGGUCCAGUGACUCUCAAGCUGGUCCUAGUGGCAUUAAAAAACAAAGAAGGGAAGUAACCCCGGAAAGGACUUGGUACCUGAAGUCUUCAUGGAAGGGGAUUCCCCUUCCAAACAACAGUAACUCUUACAUCCUCUCCCGUCUUCCCGUCUUCCACACAUCAACAACUCUUCAAUACAGGCAAGUGUCAA